AUGUCUCCGCCGGCAGCUUUGGAUGUGGAUGCGAACGGCAAUGGCGUUCCCAAGCAAUUAACCGUUGAUGGGAUCGCCGCUGUGAGAGCACAGAGUGCCAAGAUGCCUGCUGGGGUUGCGCCGUCCACCAGCAGUGAUGUGUUCAAGAGUCCGGCCUGUUACACCAAACCGAAGGCGAAGAGAUUCGAUGAUCUGUUGACGCUGGAGGCAAAGGCACGCAAGGAGUCGACAUUGAAAGGUGCGGCGAGAUACUUGAAGAACCCAGGCCUCAUUUCUUUGGGUGGCGGACUCCCUUCCCCGGAAUACUUUCCGAUUGAAGAGGUCUCGAUCAAGGUCCCUACUCCACCGAAGUUCUCUCACGAUGCUGCCGGAGAUUCCUUGGUUGCGGGAAAGUAUGAUAUCCGCGAGGGAAAGAGCUUGUAUGAUCUAGAGGUCUGCCUGAACUACGGACAGGCCACGGGGUCUCCUCAAUUACUCAGAUUCGUGACGGAACACACCGAGCUUAUUCACAACCCUCCCUAUUCCGAUUGGCAAUGCUGCUUAACUGCAGGCAGCACCUAUGCCUGGGAUACAGCUCUUCGACUGCUUUGCGAGAAGGGCGACUACCUUUUGAUGGAAGAAUAUACGUUUUCUAGUGCCCAGGAAACCGCCCUUCCUCAGGGAGUCAAGGUGGCACCGGUCAAGAUGGACGAGCAGGGUCUCCUUCCCGAUGCGCUCAACGACGUUAUGAGUAACUGGGACGAAACGGCUCGCGGUGGUCGGAAGCCUCGUGUGCUCUAUACUAUCCCAACGGGUCAGAACCCCACAGGCGCCACCCAAUCUCUGGAGCGCCGCAAGGAGAUCUACAAGGUCGCGCAAAAGCACAACCUUUACAUCAUCGAGGACGAGCCGUACUACUUCCUGCAAAUGCAGCCAUACACAGGAGCAAACAGCGAGCCGGUGCCCCCUCCUGCCAACCACGAAGACUUCAUAAAGUCGCUUAUUCCGUCAUACUUGAGCCUUGAUGUUGAUGGACGUGUUCUUCGCAUGGAAUCAUUCUCGAAGGUUCUAACACCCGGCUCACGUACUGGCUGGAUUGUCGCGUCUGAGCAGAUUGUAGAACGCUUCAUCCGAAACACGGAAGUUUCGGCCCAGCACCCAAGUGGUAUCUCCCAGUUGAUUAUCUUCAAGCUCUUGGACGAACACUGGGGCCAUACCGGGUACCUUGACUGGCUCAUCAAUCUUCGUAUGGAGUACACAAGCCGUAGGGAUAUCAUCGUCCAGGCUUGCGAGAAGCAUCUACCCCAAGAAAUUUCUAACUGGAUUGCCCCUGCCGCGGGCAUGUUCCACUGGAUCGAAGUUGACUGGAAGAAACACCCCGAAAUCACAUCUGGCAAGACCCGCGACGCGAUUGAAGAAACAAUUUUCGGGGCCGCUGUCAGUAACGGCGUCCUUGUCUCGCGCGGGAGCUGGUUCAAGGCCGCUGGACGGAGCGAGGAGAGGAUGUUCUUCCGCGCUACGUUCGCUGCUGCCAGCGAAGAAAACAUCACAGAGGCUAUUAAGCGGUUCGGGGAUUCGCUGCGCACUGAGUUCAAGCUAUAG